AUGUUGGACGAGGGUCAUCUUCUAGAGGUCUUUGUUUUACAAACUUGGAUCGUUGCACAGUACCGAUUUAUACAGUACAUCCUCUGGCUGUUACACAUCGACCAUACUUGUCUUCCCAACAUGAAGAAUCACAAACAAGCUGCAAUCCGCCCGUUUGGCCGUGACGAGGAAAUGGCCGAAAGCACCCUCAAGUUGAGACGAGAUGGCCAUCCACAUGCAUAUACUUCAGAUCACGUGAUGGGCGGUAGGCCCCCAAGGUUGACAAGUGAUUGGAAGGCCACAAACAUUGUCAAACAGGUUGUGCAGGAAGCCGGCAUAUUGCUCAACAAAGCCACCCGAUGUCGUGCUCUACAAUCCGCCAUUUGA